AUGCUAGGAGACUCAAACAGACAAAAACAUAGUCGCGCCCGGGAUCGAACCGGGAACCUUCUCGGACCUUAUUGUGAGCGAGACGCCAUGACCAUUAGGCCACGCGACUUGAUUAUUAAUAUUUGUCUUUUGAAUGGCUCAGUAGCCGGAAGGGUCAUAAUUUUCGCGUGGCCUAAUGGUCAUGGCGUCUCGCUCACAACACGGUCCGAGAAGGUUCCCGGUUCGAUCCCGGGCGCGACUAGUCUUUUUAUUAUUAAUCAAGUCGCGUGGCCUAAUGGUCAUGGCGUCUCGCUCACAAUAAGGUCCGAGAAGGUUCCCGGUUCGAUCCCGGGCGCGACUAUGUUUUUGGUCGGAUCUAGCUGCUAG